AAAUUUUGUAUACUACUCUUGUUCAAAUUCUGUAUACUACUCUUGCGCAAAUCCUGCAUAUUCUGCUAGUUCUUGUUUUAGUAUACUUGUUGAUCUUCUUGAUUUUUGAUUUUUGUUCAUAUGGACACCUCUUUAGGAGGGGUGAUGAUUAUUAGAAAAUACCUAUAUGAGCCAUCCUCAUUCUUAUCUCAUGCAAGUGUUAAUCUCCGUAUCCUUGAUGUCUUAGCUUUGACUUGACUCUAGGAUGUCUAGGAUGACUUGAUUGUAAAUCUGCUUAGCCUCCAUGGGCUACGAGGUGAAGGGGUAGUCUUUGAAGUACCUGAUGCCCUAGAGUUGUGUUCCAAGAGAAAUGGUUCUUUUAUUAUCUGGUUGUUUUGAUUUUUGUUUGCCCUUUUAAUUAGAAGACAACAAUCUGCUAAGUAUCCUGAUCCCCAUUAUUGAUUAUUCUGUCAAUUAAUUCAUGUUACUUGGGGUGCUAGAUCUUGACAUCCUGGUUAUAUUUGCUCUUGAAUCUGUGUUCUGGUUGUUAUUAUUGAAAUCUCUCUUGUGGGCCUAAUCCUUGAAUUCUAUUGCUUGUUUCAUGGUUAACUCUUGUCUCUCAAUUUUGACUGCUUGGUUAAAUUUGAUCUUGAUUCUUGGUGAAUGCCGUUUUGUUGCUGAAUUUUUGAGGCAUUCUACCUUGCACUCUUUUGUUUCAACGUUCUUCCAAGCAUUCAUAUUUUUCCAAUGAUUUCAUUCUAAUGUUAUUCUGGAAAUUUAACAUGUCAUUUGAUGGGUCUAGCUUUUAAUUCUUGUUAAUUGCUAAAAUCUGUCUCUUGAUUCCAAUUGUUUGUUAAACAUGACCUUGUUUGUUAAACAUGACCUUGUUUAUUGGUUAACCUUGUUGUGGCAGAAUUUAUACGGCAUCUAUGCGGUCAUUCAUUCA